CAAUUUGCUCUCAUUUCAAUUUACGCUUUGCCAAAUACGAUUCCAGUUUUCGAUUACCAAUUCAGCUGUAUUACCCUAGCACUUUAAAAGUAUUCACAUAUUAAAAAUGAUUUCAGUUAUCCUUAUUGGAUUUGCGUGCCUUUCAAAUGUCUACGCCUAUCACGAUCCGGACCUUAACUACCAUUUGAGCCAAGUGCAAACUAUUCAAGAUUGUGGUGAUGCUGGGUACUCGUAUCCCACUCCAGCCGUGCAGCUCACUACUAAUGUGCAGCCAACCGAAGCCCCAAGACUUAUACAACCAGCUGUGCAAGCUCCAUUAAACAAAUACACCAUUAACAAAGGAUAUACACAGUUCUUUGAGCCGGCAGUACAGCAAUUGUCAUACCAAUCACAGCCGAGCUAUAGGGGAGCCCAAAGUUUCGAAUCCUAUAGCCUAGCGCAGGGAGAGCAGCAUGGAUAUGCGACGUCUCAAGGCUUGUCAGCAGCGUCGCAAACUAGAACCGUGACUCCUUUAGCGACAUAUGCACAAGCACCAAUCAUAGCUAAAAUAACUGCAGCACCUUUGCACGCCAGGUUUUCAGUGGCACCGGCUAAAACAUACUUGCCCCAAAACAUUUUCACUCAAGCUGCCUCAACGGGCUCUCUGGCGAAGGCAUCACUUAACUCUUAUAAUUUUGAAUCACCUGGACCCGUCGUAUCCCAAGUAAUUGCUCCUGCCAGUGUGCGCUAUGCGACUGCUCCAACUUUACGAGUCCAGAGCAACCCAACAGUUUAUACGUCAGCGUCUAAUCAAUACAACCAGGAAUCAUUUGCAACAACCUAUAACCAAUAUAGCCAAGCAAGUAAUGCCGCAAGAGUGAGUUCAGUGUAUAACGCACCAGCUCAAUAUUCAGUAAGUCAAGUAUCACCAGUAAACCAGUAUGUGGCGCCCGCUGUCCAGUAUACUGCACCACCAGUAGUUCAGUACACACGGCCAGUUGUUACACAAUAUUCAGCGCCAGUCAUAACCCAACAUGUUACACCAGUGAAACAGUAUUCUCCGCCAGUAGUGGUCCAAAGUGCUCAGAACUACUAUUCAAGGCCAGUGCUAACUCAACGUGUGGCUCCUGUGGCAGCCGUCUCUCCUGUUAGAGUUCUAUCCACCGCCCAACAUUCUAAGAACGUACAUACGGAAUUUCUGGAAAACUAUGACGCCCAUCCUCGUUACGCUUUCGAGUAUGGAGUGAACGACCCCCACACUGGUGAUAUCAAGCAACAGAAAGAGGAAAGAGACGGAGAUGUUGUUAAAGGUCAAUACUCACUGGUGGAACCGGAUGGUUCUGUUCGGACUGUCAACUAUGUAGCUGAUUGGGAAACCGGGUUUCAUGCUGAUGUCCACAACAGUAAAGAUGACAAGCAUUAAUUAUUCCUAAGACAAGGUUUAGAUCAAGGCCAAAGGACCAAGGGUUCAAUUAGAAUGUUGAAUGUUUAAAUUUGGUAGGCUAUUAUUAUAUAUUAUAUAAUAAAAUUGUUAAUUUCGAUCAAACUUUUUAAAAUCAUUAAAUACAUUUAAAUACUCGGAACUAUUGUAAAGUUGAUUAGUUAAACAUAACUAGGCUUUAAGUGGUCAAUUCAUUAAAAAUUAUUAAGGUUUAAUAUAGCUUCCAAAAAUAAGUUUAUUUAAAGGAUAUUAUGUGAAUAUAGAUAUUUUCUCACACCUAAUAUCAAUCAAGAAUGAAAUGUUUAAUUUUUAUUAAUCAACUCCAAAAAAAUUUAUUCUAUUAGAUAAAGUUUAUGAGUAAAAUCUUUGUUUGUUUCUACCUUUUUUAUUCUAUCAUUUAACAGCUAUAAUUAUUGUGAUAGCAUUAAUGUUUAAAUAUCACUAAGUGCAAUGUACAUUGUUUAAAAUAAAAUACUAUUUAAUAAAUA